AUGGAGAAGGCACAUGUUUUAUUUAUACGCUUUUUAAAUAUUUUUUGUUUGGUUUACGAAGGGAAAAAGUCAGGUACAUUUGUAUGCUUUUUGUCCUAUUUUUAUGCAUUUGUAAAGUAAUUCUUAUGUUGCAGUGUUGCUUAUAAUGUAUUUGUAUUGUUUCUGUAGAAACCACCGUUAAAUCAUCUCUAAAUCAGUUGAGAGUUGUAUGAGCUCAUGAGCUGUAAUAUUGAUAUUGUUCGAAAUUUAAUAUGGUUCGAAUAUUUAUUUAUUAAUUUUAUUAGUAAGAGUAAGAUUUUUUGGGUAAAUAUAAGGAUUUUUGGGGCUCCUCACUUGAUAUUACUAAAUAUUUAUGCAUCAGUCAUUUGAACCCCGCCCCCCCCCCCCGCCUUGGGGACACCCAGGGCAUAACGUGGAUAUUCACCUCAUUUUCACCGUUUUGUCCUUCUCCGGCCACUGGGGAAUGUGGGGCCAAAGCGAGUUAAGCUACGUUUACAUGCUACGAUUUGUUGUAUACGAUUCAUAUUCAAAUGUAGCCAGUUUAUGUGUGUUUACUAGUAGUCUAGGACCUGUAUAUGAGUUUGUAUGCAUUUCAUUUAGGACAGAUAAUCUCAACUGUUUUAGGGUAAGUUGACCAUGACGGUCAACAUGGUAAUGCUGCCCGAACCCCAAUCCGGGGCGAAAUGUCCGAAACUGACCACACCCAAAAACGACGCUUUCGCCAUACUGCUAUCUACCAAACCAUAAAAGCUUUGGCUAUUCUGAGGUGCUUAUAUGGUUCAGAGAUGGUACUUUUGGGGGUGGUCAUUGGUAUGUGUGAAAUGCCUAGCACUAAUAUUUCACAAGAAAAUGGCCAUGCAAUAAUCAUAGUUAAAUGUCAAUUUGUGGCUUGCAAAUUCAGAUAAACAGCAGUGGACUUACAUUACCUUUUUCCCUAAAUCUUUUUGAUAGAAACAUAAAUGGUACUUAUUUAAAUAUAUUAUCACUGGUUUGGUGUAAAAUAGUAAAUAUUUUCUGACCGAAAUAAUAAUUUGAAAUGUGCCUACCUCCUGCAAAUGGACGUAUUUGGCCAAGUUCUCUACUUUACUCCGCUGUUUAUCGGCGAUCUCGUCGACAUCCUACAAAAAAUGUAAAUCAUCUCAGACAUAAUGGUAUCAAGAACAUUUUAAACAAGUUUCAACUUGGUUUCAAGUAGAUCAUACCUGUUUAACCAUCGACAAGGUAAAUCCACAACUUUGUCCAAAUUCGGCGCCAUUUUGUCAUCCCAUGUCGCUUGUUAACAAUUCAGCCUUGUUACUCUUCCAUCCAAGCCAUUUCCAUUCCACUAAUAAUACAUUUAACCCUUUAUAACAGGAGGAAACUAAAAAAUCUAAACAAAAUACAAGAAAUACGCCAUUUUAUCACCCUCUAAAAUGUUGUUUACGAGUCCUUCGAAACAUUCCGUACAAAUCUCGCGUGGUUUAGCAACAGGGACGUGACAGGGGGGGUAGAGACUUAAAAAAUGAAAGGAAAGCCCACACAGUAUGGUAAAACCGUAAAAGCCAACAAUCAACAUUUAAUUUGUAUGACUUUUUCAUAUUAAUAAAUAAUAAUAUGUAUAUAUUUGUCGCUACAAGAAAUAAAAUAAACAUUUGUAUGAUUGCAUUUAGCUUUUAGUCUAUUUCACCGCAGCCUUCUAUCUUCGUGAAAUAAUUCACCCCCUCCUGUCACGUCCCUGUUACUUUGUCACGCGAUAUUUGUACGGAAUGUUUUGAAAGACUCGUGAGCAAAAUUUUACAUGGUGAUAAAAUGGCGUAUUUCUUAUAUUUUGUUUAGAUUUUUAGUUUCCUCCUGUUAUAAAGGGUUAAAUUUAUUAUUAGUGGAAUGGAAAUGGCUUGGAUGGAAGAGUAAUAAGGCUGAAUUGUUAACAAGCGACAUGGGAUGACAAAAUGGCGCCGAAUUUGGACAAAGUUGUGGAUUUACCUUGUCGAUGGUUAAACAGGUAUGAUCUACUUGAAACCAAGUUGAAACUUGUUUAAAAUGUUCUUGAUACCAUUAUGUCUGAGAUGAUUUACAUUUUUUGUAGGAUGUCGACGAGAUCGCCGAUAAACAGCGGAGUAAAGUGGAGAACUUGGCCAAAUAGUAUUACGUCCAUUUGCAGGAGGUAGGCACAUUUCGAAUUAUUAUUUCAGUCAGAAAAUAUUAACUAUUUUACACCAAACCAGUGAUAAUAUAUUUAAAUAAGUACCAUUUAUGUUUCUAUCAAAAGGAUUUAGGGAAAAAGGUAAUGCAAGUCCACUGCUGUUUAUCUGAAUUUGCAAGCCACAAAUUGACGUUUAACUAUUGAUUAUUUCAUGGCCAUUUUCUUGUGAAAUAUUAGUGCUAGGCAUUUCACACUUACCAAUGACCACCCCCAAAAGUACCAUCUCUGAACCAUAUAAGCACCUCAGAAUAGCCAAAGCUUUUAUGGUUUGGUAGAUAGCAGUAUGGCGAAAGCGUCGUUUUUGGGUGUGGUCAGUUUUGGACGUUUCGGGUUCAGGCAGCAUUACCAUGUUGACCGUCAUGGUCAACUUACCCUAAAACAGUUGAGAUUAUCUGUCCUAAAUGAAAUGCAUACAAACUCAUAUACAGGUCCUAGACUAUAGGGAUGUGCCGGAUACCAGAUAGUACCAGAUAGUAGCCUGCGAACAGGCUCUCAAGCUGAAUUGAGAGCCUGCAUCGAUGACUAAUGAAUUUGAAUAUCUGCGUCUCAAAUCGUGACGCGAAAUUCUCAUUGGUCAGAUGCUAUAAUUUAUAUGUUUCCACUGAGCUCUAUAUAUGUCAACUGCUGAAGCAUUAUGCAUAAAAAACACAUUAACUGAUCAAAUUGGUCUUGGCCGUCUUAUCUCAAAGCAUGAAAUGUUCUGUUUUGAGAAAACAGUAUUUAAAACAUUUGAACUUUUGCUUGAAUAUCUUAUAUUUCGAAAAACAGUAUAAACUGUACAGUCUAAAUUUAGUUAGCACGCUCUAAAUUUAGUGUGCAUGAAAGUUGUAAACAACACCAUAUAAGGAUAGACAUUCCAUAUUUGGAAAAAUGAAUGUUACGGGGCAGAUAUUCGGAUUCAUCAGUCAUCGAUGCAGGCUCUCAAUUCAGCUUGAGAGCCUGUUCACAGGCUAACCAGCUAGUAGUCUACCGGAUACCGGUCAGGAGAACAUGAUGACCGGAUUCUGGAUAAUAACCGGAUACCGGAUAAUAACCAGAUACUCCCAUACAAUAAUUUAUUAGAAACAGAACAUUUUUGUAUCUUAAUUAACUAGACCAAUGUGGCAAUGUGUUUAAAACAAUAACUUCAAGAGUCCCUUUUUGUCUCUUUGACCUAUUUGUCUUUACCAAGGCCAUAUCUUAUGAUUCACCUUACAUAUUGUUUACUGGUAUUCAGUAUAUAGAAUUCACUGCUGUUGGCGAACAAGCAGUUCACAUCACCAUCACAAAAACACAUGUUGUAAUUUCGUCGUAAUGCAGCGCACGCUCAGUAAUUGUUCGUGUUUCACAAUUUUUAAACGCCAAGUAAACUUUUCCGUUUCAUGAUUGUAACAAAAUAUCUUACAGUACUAUCCGGUAAAUAUCCGGCAAAUUUAUACCGGAUAGUGCCGGAUGUCUAAAUUUUACCGGAUAUCAGAUACCGGUAUCCGGACCCGCACAUCCCUAGUGUUUACUCAAUGACAUAUGCCAGAAAACAAAUUGUACACGAUUAAUCGCAGCGUGUAAACGUAGCUUUACGUAACACAGUGAAAACAUUUAAUUAAUAAAAAGUUUACAAAAAUGAAAUUUUGCAAUCAGAUAUACCGUAAGGAAAAAAAAAUUAUAUAAAAUUAAUUAAUAAUAAAAUUAUGCAGAAUGUUUCAGCCACAAUUUGACAUGUUACUAUAAUGUUUUGUCAGGGUUUUAACUGACCGGGUAAUUAAUCAAGGUUCACACACAAAGAGAGUGAAUUCCCCCGGUGUCCCCGAGGUGGGGGGGGGGGGGUUUAAAUGACUGGUACAUUUGGGCGUUUUGUAGAUGGAAAUUUCGAGUUUAAAAUUUUAUACAUUCAUUUUUCGCAUCUGCUCCUGGUUUAUUAAUACUAGGUCUAAAAAUAUAUAAAAUUUCCACUAAAAAAUUACCAUGUGCAAUUUCCGUCUACAUAAAUCCUUCAACACCUGCAACAUUUAGUUCUAUCGAGUGAGAUGAUAGUAUGUGAAAAUAUCUAUAAAAUUUAACUAUAAAAUAUUAUUUACCUAUCUAAAACCAUACAAGUGACAAGACUUGUAAUAAUAUAUGUGAAUUUGCAAUUAUUAAAGCUCAACAACUGGAAUAUGUAGCGCAGUUGGUUAGAGCGCUGCAUUGGAAUCGCAACGAGGCAGGUUCGACCUCUGCCAGAGAGCAUAUAGUAGCAUUUCUCACAUCUAUUCCUGCCUCCUGCAUGAUUCGGUCUAAUAAUGCACGUAUAAAAAUUAACAACAAAAACCCUUUAACAUUUAGUUCUGUGCCAAACAUAAACUGAUAUAGAACGUGAGCAGUCCCUCGGGAGAAAGGAGGGAUCGCCAACAAUACGUCAAGAAACAAAAUAUCCCACUUUUCGCUCUUGUCAAGUUGGCUCCGCCUUUGCCUAAACAUUACUUAUAUCGAAUUAAAUCUAUCCAAUAGGAAUCGUUAAUGUCAUGUUUAUUUAUAAAAUCAACAUUCAGUCUGGAAAUUAUUUAUAGCAUAAUUACUACGUAUCAGAUUUGAUUGACAGGUGUAUCGAUUUCGACCCAUGAGAAUUUUUGUGUUGUGUGGGCAACGUGUAUUUCGUUUCUUGAUGUGUUGUCGGCAGUCUUUUCUUUCGCAUGCCCCGAAAUCUAAACCUGUGGAAAGGAGGGACCGCUCGCAGUCUACUACUGAUAUUUACCCAUAAAGCCCCACCAUUCAGCAUCCAUGCAAAUACUAAAGUCAUGCCAACUAAGACUUCUGCUCACACUGGUUUCUAAAAGCCUCUUGAGCAGUAAAGUCGUAUCCAUGCCCACCAUGCAAAUUUUUUAAAAGAAAUUUUGUUUCUGUAGGAAGACAUUGAGAAAUAUGGCUUGCAAGAGCUUAUGAAUUUCAAGGUGAAUGUUGAAGGAAUGGUGAACAGUCACAUGAUUUCAAUGGAAGGCAUGGGCAAAGGAAACGUCAUUUCGUAUGUUUGACAUAAAUUAUUAUGGCAUGUUUGAAACAGUUGUUACAGCUAGUAUAAGUAGAAUCAUAAUUAGAAUCAUUAUUUAACAGGAACUGUGAUUUGUCUAUUUUGAACUGGGAAAAUGUGAUUUGGUUUACUGGAACUCAGGGAAUGAUUGACACAAAAAUAAGAAUCAUUUAUGGGAAAACCCAUAUACCAUCAUUACAAAGGCAGUUGGAGUUGGACAUGUCAGAGUCUAAUCAGUGGCGUAACAGAGAAAGAGGGGGCCCUUAGGCAUAUUUGGUGUGGGGGCCCCCGUUGAAUAUCGUCAUUGUUGACUGAGAUGUUAUGUUUAUACUGUGAUUCACCUGCAACCCAUGGGUGUGGGUCAUAAAAGAAUGGGAAGUGAGUCCGACAAAGAAUGUGGAUAGCCCAGAUAUGUUUUAUUUGAGAUGGAAUAAAAAACGUAAGCUAUCGUUGUCGAUGGAGGCUUUAUUAUUUUGCAUCAUUAAUUUUCCAUUUUCCCAUUGAUUCUUAACCUGCAUUUUUUACCGCGUUUUCUAAUUUUCUGGGCUGAUAGGUCGUGACUGAUAGGGCCCCCUAACUGUCGGGGGGCCCUUAGUUUUUGAACUAACCCUACCCAAUGAGCGUUACGCCACUGAGUCUAAUUAAAUAACUUCAAGGAAAACUACGGAGCAACUUUUGAUCGAGAGUUGAUCUAAAAAUGUCCUGGAAAACUGCAUUCUGCCCUUUUCCGAUUUUUCCUGCUAUUACAACUCAGUGAUUUACUUAGAAUGUCUGGUAUUUGACAGGAAAUGACAGGCAUUCAUCGACUUUGAAGAGAGCUAUUGAAAACAAAAUAUUGUGUUUUAAAAGUCAACACAUAUGUAGAUGAAACACUUGCUUAUAGAGAAAUGAUUUUAAGUUUGCAGUUGAAACUGGGACUUGGGCAAUAUAAUUGUAUUUAGAAUAAAGGUGGGCUGGGAAAUUGGUAUCUAGACCCCCUUUAAAAGCUAGAAUACCCUCUUAAAAGAAUACUUGAUUUAAAUCUGAUUGGCUAACUGCCAACUGUGAAAUCGUAACAUCAACUCAUUGGCUCACCAAAUAUUAUAGAGUUUAUACAUCAUGCAGUACUUAGUUUGUACAUCAUAACAGGCUAAGUUGCAGAAAACAAUUCAACAUGCAAAGAAUGUUGUUUCAUCCCUUUUAUAAUUACUUUCCAUUCCCAGUGCUCGUCGCUGUGGCUACGCCCGUGCUUCAAGCUGUCACUGCCAACUUAGGGUUGCUUCUGUAAAUUUCGUGUAAAUUCAAAACAAAGCGAAUCAUUCAGUAUUUAAUAAAUUAGCCAAGCCAUAUCAAAAUUCUGAUGUGGGCACCCAUCUUGGGCCUCGACUUCAAUAUUAGGCUCGAGCAUCGCUCUAGCUAGCCUCUGCACAGUCUCAUAACAUGCUAUGAGGUUCUGUGCAUGCUAUGGUCUUGUCCAAUAUUGAAGUCUCGACUUAAUAUUUUCCCACAAAAAUCCAGUAAGUUGUAAUAAUUUAUGCAUCCAGAAAAAUCCAAUAAGUUGUAAUAAUUUAUGCAUCUAUUGGCUAUAGUUUCCUCCCCCCUUGAACAAACUGUUAUAGCCUCUCGUCUUGGUCCUUGGGAUCCUGCAUAUAAAUGCUGUGGUUACUUAUUAGCGAGGUUCAGCUGGAUUUGACUUCCACGAUCGCUACCGCUACCAUUAACCAGUCAGGUGUGUUUAAUCUCCCAAACCAAUCAAUCAUAUUUGCAUAUUUAGCCAGUGAGAGGCAAAGAUAGCAGUAGUGGAAGUCAAAUCCGAACCCCUUUAUAAUUGUAUCAGAGAGAGCUUUUCAACAUCGUAGGAACAUCAUAAGGUAACCCGACUAAACUUAUGAAAACCGUGUAAACAGGCCAUUUCCAAGGCUAUUGAUCCAUCAUUAUUCUAACAAUCAUUUUCACUUUCAAGUGGCAAUCAGAUGGUCCAAAUUCGCAUCACUAAAGGUGACCCACUACCAUUCUCAUUUGACAUUCUCUCCCCGUGCUUUCAAUAUGGUAAUCGAACGUUCACUAGUUAUCCCAAAGAGAUUCCCAGCUACUUUAGACAAUGUUUCCCAACUGGUUUUACCAUGGAAAGGUCACUUCGUUUUGAAGAUGGUGGAACCCUGGAUGCUCGCAGUGAUAUCAGGUACUGUGAAGUAGGGUUGGGCGAUAUUUCGAUAUUUUGAUUUAUAGCGAUAUUUUCAAUCGCGAUUAUCGUAUCGGGUAGAAACUUGAGCGACGAUAUAUCGAAAUUAUCGUCAUGCUCGAUGACUAUCGUGAUAUUGCUUCGCAUGUGUAUAUAGCUUUUAUAAAAUCCUAAAAAAUAUUUCAGUUCCUAGAAAAUAUAGUUUUUAAAAGAAUUAAAACUAUUUCCUGAAUUAAAUACAACAUUAAUACGAUACCAAAGCUAUUAUUUAUGUAUUUAUUAUAUACAUGACAAAAUUACUGCAAUCUGAUUGGUUAAGAGGAGUGCAAUUAUUUCAUUAAUUGCACUGUCCAGGAGUGCAAUUAAUGAUUUUCGUGAUGGCUGGGGGGAGCGGGAAAUCAAAACAACAAAAUCCAAUAUGGCGGCGAAAUUUAGAUAAGUAUUUCUAUAAAAAUGUGGACAAUUUAACUGAAUUUUGGCACAAGAAUGAGUUUAAGAAACAUUGUAUGGCAAAAAGAGCCUGUGGAAAAUACCUGGAAACAGUCUUAUGAAAUAAUCUUGGCGGGAUGCAGCGAAACGUGACUAUGUAAGUUUGAAAUACAAUUUAUAAAGAUUUUCUUAGUCUAAAAUAUGUUGUUUGAGUCUGAAUCUUGUGUUCUAGUUUAAGUUAUGUGCCUUUAUGAGUUUAUAAUCAUUUCCCAAGUUUGUUUAUACCAAAUUGCUUACAAAACAAUUAAAAACUCUUGACAAAAUGCAGUUGAAAUAUAAAGAAAGCAAUUUUGUCAUUAGCCCGCGUGCAGGCCCAAGGGAGCAGGCUCAAGGGAACUUGAUAGUGGGCCUGCAAGCAAGGCCUGGUAUUUUGUACUUUCCGCGUUCGCCCACGAACGCGGCAUUCUGAUUGGCUGUUUGCUGUUGGAUUCUAUAAUUAGGUCAGUGAUUCAUCACAAAGGCUCUCGAUAAGCUCAAAAUUCGAAAAUUGAUCACUUUUUUCGAUUAUAAAUGGAACAAGAACAGACUGUUUAUUGUUUACUAGAAGGAAGAGAUGUUUUUGCCGUUAUGCCAAUGGGGAUUGCUUGUCGUGAGUUGUUGGAAUAGCAACAUUACGACUGGGGUAAACUAUAGUAACCUUUACUUGAGUUUCAUUAAUUUCAAACAGACUUGAUACGUUAUAUGUUCCUCAAGAAAAUGAUCUUUUGGUUGAUGUUGAGAUGCAGUUGCAUGUAAGCCUAUUAGAAACACUUUGCGAUUUACAAGGCUUCGCUGAGAGAACGAAACAGAAGACGGUAUAUUUAAAUUGCCGUUUGAAACGAAACGAUCUGGACUCUGAACGCUCUCUUCUUUUGUAGAGUUCUUUACCAAAUGAAAUAACUGAAAUAAAUUUCGUACUUUCCGCCGCCAACAAGAAUUGCACACACGAUCUGAUAAGUGAGACAAUUUAUUUAUAAAAAUGCCAACCGCGACAGCGAAACACACAUUAUAAAUAUGCUAAUGUGGUCGCACGACUUCCCUCACGAUUUGAAGUUUGAGACUGGUUUUCUGUUGAAAUUCGUCCUAAUUUGCCUGUUCCGAUUUUAGUUGAAAAUGAGCACUUGCAAAUUUGGCAAUUACUGACUGCGUUGCUUGCUUUUUUGGAGUUAAAACGCAGCCAUUUACACAUUGUUUAUGUUCUGAAUAUGCAGAGAAAACCCCGCAACAUUUUAAUACGAGUUUGUUUGUUAAUAUUUGGGUGCUGUCAUUGGUACUUUUUUGACAAUUGACGCGCGAAUGGGGCGUGUUAUGAAAAGGGGCGUUUUACAAAAUACCGGGCCUUGCUUGCAGGCCCACUAUCAAGUUCCCUUGAGCCUGCUCCCUUGGGCCUGCACGCGGGCUAUUUUGUCAUGCAUAUAAUAAAUAAAUAAUCACACGGGCAAGUCGUGCAAUUAAUGAUUAACACUACGAGUGAUAUUUGAAAAAUGUGCCAAAUUGCACUCGCCUCGGCGGCUCGUGCAAUUUUGGCACAUUUUUCAAAUAUCACUCGUAGUGUUAAUCAUUAAUUGCACUCCUUCCCGUGUGAUUACCUAUACUAAUCCGCUGAACAAUGAAAUUACAGUAUUUUGCGCUCAUGUGUGCCAGUGGAGACAUACUGGACAAUUCUGGUUUAUGACCAUGACAGGCAUGAGUAAAUAUUAGACUAGAAACAUCCUUCAUAUUACUUUAAUUUGUUGUUUUACUUGUUUUUAAUAAGAUUAUAUAUAAGCUUACUAUGCUUUGAUAUUAAUUAAAAUUGAAAAAUGUGGUCAUUGUUUUUAUUGCAUUUAUCGCGAUACUAUCAAAUAUCGUGAUAAUUUCCUGGACAAUAAUCGUGAAAUGAUUUUUUUUAAUAUCGCCCAACCCUACUGUGAACCGUAUUCAGCCAUAUCGCAGGACAUUGAGUAUGAAUAUGAAAUGAGCACAACCGGAUGAUAGCUGCAACCGGAUGAUGAUGUAGAAUGAGCACAACCGGAUGAUGAUGUAGAUGAUCGAAAUGGAAAUAGUUAAUCUUAGGGAAAAAUGAGGGCUGGGGUUUAACCACUACGUGCUACACGGCAGAUGCAUGUAAUAGACAGAUUUAGAAAAGGCGACGAGGCAAACACGACUUGAGAAUUUCAGUUCAAGAUUGAGAGAUAAGUAACUUGAUUACUGUAAUCAGGGUUCGUACGGGUCCUGGAAAACCUGGAAAGUCAUGGAAUUUCAAUAUUCCAAAAUCCAGGCCUAGAAAUCCUGGAAAAUCAAUUUUAGUCAUGGAAAGUCAUGGAAAAUUGAAAUUUUUACAAGACAUUAACAAAGCAUUUUACUUAUUUCAAUUUACCUGUCAUAACAAUAAUAUGAAUUGUUUUUAUAACGAUUUUUGCAAGAGCGAAGUGAAUUGUGUUCUUUUAUUAUAUCUGUUAUCGUUAAAAUAUUAACGAAUUUCAGAAAUUUAAGAGCCUGGGUACGAGGUUGCAGAAAUUUCAGGUCAUGGAUUCUUAAAAAAAAUGGUCAUGGGAAGUCAUGGAAAAGUCAUGGAAUUUUAAAUGGGAGAAGGUGUACGAACCCUGUCUAAUAAAUUGAAGCUUUUUAAAAUAACCUUACGAACGGCUAAGUUCGGAAAAAAGGAUACGGUGUCUGCUAUGCGACUAAUUUUUGUAACUCCUCCAACGUCGCAACAAGCAUUCACGUUGCUCCAAUGACGUGAAAAUCUUAGUUUAACGUUGUAUUCGGAAUGACAACGUUAUUGAGGAUACCCAAGGGACCAAAAAUGAUUCAAACUUUUUGUUUUGCAUGCAGAAUUUCUUUGUUUCGAAGGCUGCGUCUUUCAGUUCGCGUCGUGUCUUCUAAAUCAGUCUAAUAUGUAUCACACCCACCACAACCAGCAGGUGGUUCAGAGUAAUGCUAGAUGUACCAGUCACUGCAUUUCCCUAUCCCUCUCAAUUAAACAAACACAAUGGCUGUAACUACCGUAAUUUAUUUUAAAGAAAUCGCAUACAUGUACGAAUGCGGCACCUGCGCUGAAAUCAAAUAAUUCGGAGUGGUGAGGACGGUACUUCGAAAGUCCCUAUUGAGAGUUAGAGAUAUAUCUAUUGCUAUGGCUUGUUUUUUUCCUCAUCUCUCACUUCACAUAAAGCUUUUUUUAUAUAAUGUGCGUCUUGGAUGAUAGCUCCAGCUGUAGCCUGCGAACAGGCUCUCAAGGUGAAAUGAGAGCCUGCACUGAUGAUAUACAAUUUUGAAUAUCUGCCCCGUAACGUUCGUUUUUCCAAAUAUGGAAUGUCUAUCCUUAUAUGGUGUUGUUUACAACUUUCGUGCAAACUAAAUUUAGACCGUGCAAACGAAAUUUAGACCGUACAGUUUAUGCUGUUUUUCGAAAUAUAAGAUAUUCAAGCAAAAGUUUAAAUGUUUUAAAUACUGUUUUCUCAAAACAGAACAUUUCGUGCUUUGAGAUAAGAUGGUCAUGUAAGCUCUAACACCAUUGACAUGCACAGUGAAACCAAGAUGGUAUAAAUCUCACGGGUGAGCACAAUUUGAGACCGAUAUUGAGGUAACGUUAGGAAAACAGUUCAAACGCACGUAGAAAAGGGUCGUUCAGAUUACCAAUUUGCCAACGGCAACGAAAUAAAUAGAUCACAAACUCGAAUGUAAUCGUAUAAUAACCAAACUUGUAAUAUAAACGCGAAACUAUAACGUGUAACGUGAAACGUGGUUCGACUAAAUAGAAAUGAAUAUAAACCUAAAUUAAUACUAAAUACUUAACCUAGCACUAACGCAACUAAACAAUAAACUACAAUAUACAAAUGAAUUGUCACUUACAGAUGUUUCCCCAGUAGCUCUUUAACUUUCAACGUAAAUUAUCUCUCUCUCUGGCUGUCCUCUCUUUACGAGUGUCUCAAACUAUACUGCCGAGUUCUGGGGCUAAGCGUGCUUUUUCCAUGCAAAAACGUAAUUAACUACAUCAGUCUUAAAAACAUAAGUUUCCUGUGAUAAGGAUAGUCGACCGUAAAUUUCCUGUGAUAAGCACAUUUGUCAUUACUAAUAAAACACAAAUUGACAGUUCCAAUCCUACAGGUCAAGACCAAUUUUAUCAGUUAAUGUGUUUUUUAUGCAUAGUGCUUCAGCAGUUGACAUAUAUUGAGCUCAGCAGAAACAUAAAUUAUAGCAUCUGACCAAUGAGAAUUUCGCGUCACGAUUUGAGACGCAGAAUUCAAAUUCAUUAGUCAUCGAUGCAGGCUCUCAUUUCACCUUGAGAGCCUGUUCGCAGGCUACUCAAGCUGUUGAAGCUGUUUAUGUAUGAUAUGUUUUGCGUCCCCUUCGAUUCGCUACAUUUGCUACAAUUAUUAAUCUAAAUAAUUAAAUUAGUGGAUAGCCAGUCAGAAACGUCCUUCUUCAAGCUGAACCUCUACUGAUACACUGAAUGCCAGGAAUUGUGGCGUCAGCAGUAAUUUUAAUACGCCAGAAUAAGAAUCGCAGCGUGUAUAAACACACCUUUAAGGCUAACACUGUCGUCGACAACUCGCUCGUGAAUAUUAUCGUAGAGUGUCUGUCGCAACAAAACAAUUUUAUUUAUUUAUUGCGACAGUCGCCGAUGAAAUACGAUAGGCGGUUAAUUUAAACAAAAUCGAAAUUGGCGAGUGUCGCCGACUAAUGAAAACCAGCCUUUAAUUACACAGAAUUGCAAAUGAAACGCUCUACAAAAAACCAUUGUAAUUUUGUAAAAUUACUGAAUCUGGUCAAAAAUAUCCAACCAUUUUGUUUUAGCCUAGUGACAUAUUUUCAUGCAACACUUCAAAAUCUUCCGCCCAAUCGUAACUGACCAGAUCAUAUAAACGUACGUUUGCAUAGUGCGAUUUGUCGGACCGAUUUUAAAGGAAUACCGAAUGGUUUUCCGUGCAGAAUUGCGUGAUCCAUGCACGAGGGAUAAAAUAACUACAGUGAGACAAUGACAUUUUGAGAAUCCCGCGAAGGGAUUUUAAUUCAUCGUGCAGGAUAGUCUGAUCCUGCACGGCUAUUGACCAAUCAAAUAUGUCACUGUAGUUAUUAUACAAUAGGUUUUGCUGAAUGUUUCUGAUGAAUGGUGGUCACGUGGAUUGAAAUCAGCCCGACAAAUCGCAGCGUCAUGAUAAACGUAAUGUAAACUUAAUUGAAUUUGGGAUCUUUUCAAACCAGCUUAAAAUUCCUUUCUAGUAUUAAUGAAGGACAAUUUGUUUGCAUGGUUGAGUGUAAAGGAGAAAAUUUUCCCAACAAUGGUCCCGUGAUGCAGAAAUCAAUACUUGGUUUAGAACCAUCGUUUGAAACAGUGUAUUCAAGAAAUGGGGCUGUCAUUGGUGAAGUUGUUCUCUCGUUUAAACUGGAUCGAGGAAAUCAUUAUACUUGUCAUAUGAAGACAAUUUACAGGUAAAACAUUUCGGAGUGCUUGAUAUGCAUUUCUUAAAAGUUAAUAACUACCCUACAAAAGUUAAUAACUACCCUGCUAAUUUAAGGAAGUUAAUUAAUAAAACUUCCAGUAGGUUUAUUUUCAACCAAAAUUAAUGUCAAAUGUGGAGUUGAAAAGCACGCGACUACGCGUGAAUAGAUAAACUCAAACCAGGGCGUUUAUAAGAAUGGGUGUUGAAACGCCAAUGAAAGCUUUCAAACAUGUGUGAUGCGCGGACCCCCCACUUUGUUCGAAAACGGUUUCAUUGCAUUUUCGUGUUUCAAGAUCGCGGGCUGCUUGAGCGAAGAGG